UGGUCGCCCUAGCACGUGACAGUACUGACCCGUUCAUAUUCGAGGAUGGAUGUGGACUACAGUGUGGGGGACCUUUACGACGCCAUGGAGGAGGAAGACAAACCGGAACUGGGGGAUGGCGGGAGUGCUCCCACUGGUGGUUCGUCGACGGGUGGUGCAGACGGACCGGACGGGGGUGGUUCCACCGGAGGGAGUGGCAGCAUCACGGAGCACAACGGCCCACACUGGAUGAUGCGGCUCGUUGGGAUCCUGUGCGAAGCCUCCAUCCACCCACUUGUCAUUAACAGCCGCUUGCAGGCGACCCGGCAGGAGGUGGACCCGUCAGCAAUUGGGCCGCGGAACAUUUUGCGGACAGAGGUCACCGACCGUUUCCGAGACCCUGGCCACCAUGUGAGAAAAAUCGUGGACGACGAACAAGUGAGUCACGUCAAGCCGAACAUCAUCCAGCAACCAAACAUCUCGGCGGAAAAAAUUACCAAGAUGUGGUCUGCGGCAAAGGCGUAAUGAAACACGCCUAAUGCCAACUGGAAGAGUGAAUCCGGCAACAACCAGCCAUGGCUUUUAUUUUGCCAAG